AUGCCUAAUGAAAUCGUUGCUAUGCUUGUUACGACUUUUCUGCUCUUUCCGACCACGGAUGCGGUGCUACAUGGUAAUGUAUACACCCAUAAGGAUACUUGGCCAUCCCCUGCGAUCGGCUCCCCGUUACGCCCACAACGACCUAGUCUUGAGCUGCAGGAGAUGCUGGCAGAGAUCGAUCCAGAGCGGAUCGAACACACUGUCACGACGCUAGUCGGUUUCCGUACCCGACACACUCUUUCGACGCAGGAGUCAUCGACUGAAGGCAUCGGCGCGGCUCGGGACUGGAUAUACCAUACCAUGAAGGCCAACGCUGGGACAUCCGACGGGACCGUCGAUGUAUAUCUGAACAGCUACAUCCAAGAAGCCGCGGAAUUCUAUCCAUUUUCUGUAAAUGUCAGCAACGUGGUCACUCAAGUCAACGGUACCGUGGACCCUUCGCGAGCCUACGUCGUCACCGCGCAUUACGACAGUCGCAGACUGGACCUUAUGGAUUUCACUGGUGACGCCCCUGGAGCCGACGACGAUGCUACCGGUGUAGCGGUCGUUAUGGAGCUAGCUCGGGUAAUGACAAAACGAAAACCGAAAGCGACUGUCGUCUUCGCCGCUACCGCAGGUGAGGAGCAGGGGUAUCAAGGUGCGUCCGGCUCGGCUCACCUAGCUCGCACCCUGAGGCAUGCUGGUUACGAUGUUCAAGGGAAUUGGAACAACGACAUCGUUGGGACCGGCAAGAACACGCCCUUCUCAGCCGUGAACGACUUCAUCGUCCGUGUUUUCGGCGCGAGUAUCUACUACCCUAACACUAGCUCAGCGCAACUCCGAGAACAAUAUAGUGUUUUCGGCGACUGGAACGAUUCCCCGGCCCACAACCUUGGUCGCUUCAUCCGAGAGAUUGCGGCAGGCGCCGCACGCGCGCUCCGCAUGAGGGUAGAGCUUGUUUACCGUCCCGACAGGAUGGGCAGGGGCGGUGAUCAUUAUAGCUUUCUGGCGGAAGGGUUUCCAGCGGUGAGGUUUACGGAAAGUGUGGAAGACUUUGCACAUCAGCACCAGGACCCUCGGGUAGAGAAUGGGGUUCAGUUCGGCGACCUGUUGGAGUUCGUCGAUUUCGAAUAUACGACUCGCGUGGCUCGCACGAAUCUUGCGAGUAUGUGGUCAGCUGCAAACGCCCCUUCGACCCCCCGAAAUGUUGGUAUCAGCAUGUCUGUUGGUGCCUUGGCGUCGAAUCGCUCAGCGCGAGUAGAGGAUUUGUCAAACAAAAGCCAGUUCUGUUGGGCAACGGGCCACGAUAGCCUAGCAGUAGGGUAUGAGCUCGUAUGGCGGCCCUCUGGCUCCCUGGAUUGGACGCAUUAUCUGAACGUCGGGCACAGAGGGACGGUGACAGUAGACCUACCCAAGGAUGACUUGCAAUUUGGCGUGAGAGCGGUUGGUAAGAACAACAUGAAGAGUCCAGCGGUACUCCCAGUACCAAUCGAUAGCUGUUGA